UACUUGUUUUCUUCACUGUCUCACACACAUCUAUUCGUCUUCUCCGCCUCCUUCAAAUCUCAACUCCGAUCUCUUCUAUGGCUUCCAUUGCUGCUUCCACUUCCCUACAAACUCGUCCUCGCCAACUGGCGAUUGCGGUUAAUCAAGUUAAAUGCUUUAGCAAUGGAAGAAGCAAUCUUUCUUUUAACCUUCGUCAGCAGCUUCCUACUCGUUUGACGGUUUCAUGCGCUGCAAAACCGGAGACAGUGGACAAGGUGUGUGCAAUUGUCAAGAAGCAACUCUCACUUGAUGAUACCAAGAAAGUUGUGGGUGCAACCAAAUUUUCUGAGCUUGGUGCUGAUUCCCUUGACACGGUGGAGAUUGUGAUGGGACUAGAGGAAGAGUUUGGGAUCGAAAUGGCCGAGGAGAAAGCACAGACGAUCACUACAGUUGAGAAAGCAGCUGAGCUCAUUGAGGAGCUUUUGAUGGAAAAGGCUUAGUAGUAAUCGUUUAUUAAACAUUAGCAAAAAAAAAAAAAAAAACCCCUCAGUAUCUUCUUAUUGUUUAGAGAGUGUUUGUGUCUGUUGUUGAGACUUGUGCUAUUUUGGGAAAAUUAUUACAAGGCUUGUAUUUGACUUUUAUCUUUCUUCUACUACAUUUUACUUCCACCUUUCAAUAUAUUAUUUGUUUCUGGUA